UAGGGCCUGAUAAGACCUCGUCGAUAAGCAGCGUCGAGGAAAAGACACCAUAGCACGGAGUAUGGAAGAGCAGAUAGAUUAUAAAUAGCUUGGAGAGACGCGAGAGUCGGGGAGCCGCCGAAUCACAAUAGACCACUCUCCGCACCGCACGAAACUCGGUUGCUCGAGCUUCUUGAUUCCGUCAGUCAAUGAGUGGCACUGCUCCCAGCUAGACGCUCCGGAGCGUCUAUACAUAAGACCAAUUGCCGCCGUAUCGGAAGCGGUAUUGUGAAAUUUCGGAGGCGCUGCGAAUGAGUUAUAAAACAACGAGCGGUAAAGUGCAGUCUACCACGUGCUCCGUCGUAUAGUCAACAAUGACCCGUCAAAAGGAGGGAGAUGGGGGCUCGCCAAGAAAUCCCAGAACCAACGGACAUGCGGAUACGGAGGCGGCUAAGGAGACACAGACGGCGGCAGGUGAUGACGACAACUCUCUGGACGCGAUUCUGGUGAGGAUCGGACAGUUUGGUCGCUAUCAGAUCAUUAACUAUGUGCUGCUGUGCGUGCCCAUGCUUUUCAAUGCCUUCUUCUCCAUCUCCUACGUCUUCACCGCGAGCACCGUGGUUCAGAGGUGCAAUGUGUCGCAGUGCGACAGUCCCAGCAGUCUUUACGAGGAGGACUGGUUAAACUUCACUGUGCCGUACAAGAACUCUGCCUGGGAUUCCUGCAAUCGCUAUGUGGCAAACGACACGGCCAUUGCCAGCUUUCUUCCAUAUACAGAUCCCUCCGGAGAGUUCUGCGCCAAGGAGUACUUCACCAAUCAGACAGAGACCUGCGGGCACGACUUCAAGUUCAGGGACGAGGAGAAGACCAUAUCAACAGAGUUCGGAAUUUACUGCAAAGACGAUUGGAAGCUGUCGAUGGUGGGAACUAUAAACAAUGUGGGCCAGUUUGUGGGCAUUCCCCUAGGCGGUUUCUUUGCAGAUCGAUACGGCCGUCGUACCAUGCUGGCCGUGGCUGGCACUUUGAGCGCCUUCAUGGGCAUCAUUCGGUCGCUGUCGCCCAACUAUUCCAUGUUCAUGGUGUUUGAGUUCCUAGAUAUGGCCGUAGGCAGCACCCUCUUUCCCACUGCCUUCCUGCUGGCCAUCGAGUUGGUGGGUCCUAAGAGACGGGUGGCGGCGGCCACAAUCAUCACGAUUUUCUAUGCGGUGGGCGAGGCCUUCCUCGGCUUCCUGGCCUCGCAGGUACAGGACUGGCGCUGGCUGCUCCGCGUUCUCUACACCCCAGCGGUGCUGCAGAUACUCUUCCUAUGGAUUCUGCCAGAGAGUGUUCGCUGGCUGCUCAGCCAGGGAUCCGAGGAGAAGGCAGCCGAUGUGUUGCGUCGAGCGGCCCGCAUUAACAAGCGGUCGUUGCCGGAGGAGCAGGUGGAGGAGCUGCUGGCCAGCAACCGUCAGAAGCUUGGCCAGACCAACGAGAGUCAGUACCCAAUCAUGCGGGCCGUGCGCUUCUUUGCCCUAAGGAUAGCCAACUGCUGUCUUUGUUGGUUCACGCACACGCUGAUUGCCCUGGGACUGAGCCUCAACUCAGUGAAUUUGGGGGGCAACAAAUACACCAACUUUAUGCUGAACGGCUUCAUCCAGAUCCCCGGGCUGCUGCUGCCCCUGGUUAUCAUGGAUAGGAUUGGAAGGCGUUACUCGCUUUGCGCCUCCAUGCUGCUCUGUGCCAUUUGCAUGGGGGCCUCCGCGGGAGUGGGAGAAGAUAACUAUGCGGGUUCUCUAACCCUGUUCCUAAUUGGCAAGCUGGCCAUCACUUGCAGCUUCCAGAUCCUGUACUUCUUCACCUCCGAGAUCUUUCCCACGAACGUGAGGAACAGCCUGCUGUCGCUGUGCUCCAUGGUGGGUCGCAUAGGGUCCAUGCUGGCCCCACAAACGCCUUUGCUGGCCAAGUACUACAUAUACGCCCCGCAGAUCCUGUUCGCCACCUUUGCCCUGAUCAGCGGCUUUCUGACCCUCGGCUUUCCGGAGACGGCAGACAAGGUGCUGCCCACUACCAUGGAGGAGGCACGCGACCUGAAUCUGGCCAGGGGGCGGAAUCAGGAGGAGCAGCAGAGACAGCCGGCAGAAGGAGGGGCGACCCACAAGGUCUCGCAAUGAUCAUCUCUGGGGACUUCCAAAGAGGCUUGUGUUUUAAUUUUAAGUGAGAGCCAAUGCAUUUGUUGAUUUUUUAACGUGUUUAAUUUAAGCUAAGAUUCGUCCGAACUGAAAGAUUUUAGAGCACAAACUUUUCUGCGUGAUAUUUAUAUGCCGAUUGAGCUUUUUCUGUUAGUGUAAAUGUCAGGAACAGCCAUGCCAUUAUUUAUUGUUCGCCUAAGCAUGUAUCUAGUUAAUCCACUUUGUCUAUUAAUGGCAGCUGCUAAGAAUACAGUGUGUUGUCCUGAAAUAAUUUUAACAUUUGUCUUUAGUUACGAAUUUUUGGUUUUAUUUUGUAUAUAAAAGAUUGUCUAUAAAGUGUG